AAAACAAUCUUCUUCAUGUGGUCCACUAAUACGCUUAUUGUGAAAAGUCCAUCCAACCGGAAGUGUCCCGGGCAACUUUCCCAGCUGGUCUCAGACAAAGCAGCGAGUGGGUUAUGGUGGGAGAAGACGCGCAUCGACCUCCGGCUGUUAACUGUAACUGAGAAGAUGUCUGUGGACGAGGUUUAUGUGUUGCGGCCCUUCAAGCUGAUCGCCCUGCUCUGCGUCUUCAUGGCGCUCUGCCUGGACGUGGUGGCUCUGCUGAGUCCAGCCUGGGUCACUGCCGAGCAUUUCUCCUUGUCUCUCUGGGCGUCCUGCUCCCAGCCCGAGGCUCGGCAACCCGCGGAAGACGCUGCGUGGAGCUGCUUCUCCACCCUCACUUCUGACUGGCAGAUUGCCACCCUGGUGCUCCUGGGGGCCGGCGCGGUCGCUACCCUGGUGGCGUUUCUGAUGGCCCUCAUUUCCCUCUGCUGGGGCAAGAAGAGACAGCACUACCGCAUUGUGGCGGUGUUCCUCUUCACUGCAGUUGUUUUGCAGGCCUGUGCCCUGGUCCUCUACCCGAUCAAGUUUAUCGACGGAACGGUUCUACAGACCUAUCAUGAGUUCAAUUGGGGCUAUGGACUCGGCUGGGGAGCCACCAUCUUCAUGCUGGGAGGAGGGAUCCUCUUCUGCCUGCGGACGGACAUUUAUGAGGAUGCCAUGUAUUAGUAAAAACCCUGAUGUGCUGCUGAAAAUGCACACAUAAACACAUAGAGACUUCUUCUUGCUCUGAAUACGGCCUGCACAUGAGCGCAGACCCUAAGUCUUGUUUUUGCCUCCUGUCUUGCUCUCGCUGUUAUUUUUAGACAGGUUGUGUUGGUGCUAUUUAGGGCAAGGGCUGUGAAAGUAAAUCUCCACCCCCCCUCCCGCAGUCACACACAGCUGCCGGUGGCUCAGCACAGCUGCUUUUGGGGGGCCGAGGUGACAACACUAAAGCACAGAGAGUUUUCUGGACUGGCUCGAGCUGCUGGACGUUUCCAGGAUGUUUAUUGUUGAAAUAACACAGACCCGAAUGGGCUGGGGCUUAGUAUUCACCAGGACUGACUCAUCUCCACAUUUCCUGUUUUGUUUUUUUGUGUGUGUAUUUAUGGCAUCAUUUCUUUCUUGCCUGAGUAAAUUUUCCCUCUGUGUAAACUAAAACAUGUCUAAUACAUGUAAAUUAGACCCAAUUUAUAUAGAUGUGUAGCUUCUAUGAAAAAUCCCCCUAGUUUGUCCCAUACAAUCUAUAAAUGCGUACAAAAAUGCUUCUGUUUAUUGCUUGAAGGGAACAUUUUGACAUAUUUGGUUAAAAACCACUUUAAUUAUCUGGAUCUUAUUCUAUUGAGGAAACCAGGGGCUAUUUAGUGGUGCCAACAGGUUGCUAGCCUACCACUAGCUAUUUCAUGGUUCACUACAGAUCACAUUUUGUUGCUAUUGACAGCUCACUCAUACUCAGUGGAAAUUCAUAUUUAUUGUUUGAAUUUGUCACCUGUCCAAACUAAAACAUACAGAAUCUAAUGGGGAGUAAGAUUGUGACAUCGCACUGUAGCGCAUCUCCAUGUUGGGUGCUAAUGCAGCUACAUCAUAUAAAUCGUAAGAUUUAUGUGUGCUGAGGUUGAAAUCCCAUCAUUAACCACAGGAUAUUUUCUGUUAAAUUCCAGAGAUAUGAAGAAAACAUGGAUAAUUGUUAUCCAUGUUUGAUAAAAUCAUGUUUGACCUCGCUAGCAGUUUAGGCACCCAUCACCACAGUGUUUCAGUGUGAUGAUGAAGAAGUUACAAUUCUUCACAGAAUUAUUACUAAUGCCAGAGCUUUGGCCACAUUGUGUCCUGGAGAUGUUCUGCCAUUCCACUAAAUUUGAAAGAGACAAAUAAAGACAGGUAUGCAUAGAAAUCCUCCAUCCAUGAGUUAUCUGAAAAAUAUGUUUGGAAUUCUCCUGUGCCCUAACCUGUGCCCUGUAUCCUAAUUUUAUUAUGAUGACAGGCCUCUCUCCAGAUAAAUACAACCAUCCUCCUUUAAGUCUUCCUUCCAUCUUUUUUUUCCCUUUUUCAUGCAGUCUCUCUCUCUCACUCACUCACCCAUCCAAAGUCCCAUAAUGCAAUGCAGUUUGAUCUCUGUGUGGUCUUUAAAAGACAUUCUAGUUUGUCCUUGAAAUUAUGAAUGCGUACAAUGCAUUUCUACUGCAAACUAAUUAGAUCUAGGCUGAGAGCAUUACUGGGUUUUAUUAUUGUUUUAGGCAGCAUUUUGACAUGUAUUUCUUUGAGUCCCAAAACAAAAAUCCCUUUACUGAUCAUCGUAAUGUAAAUAUUUCCUCUGUCUAAACCAAAAUAUAUCUAAUACAGUUUUUUUCAUGAAAUUAAUGUGGAGAUGAUUUCAGGUUUCUAGCUUAAAGCUAGCUAACUAGUGUGUACAAUUCAUAAAAUUUAGCUUCAGUAGGCUACAUGAAACAUUUUAUUGUCACAUUUUGCUGUAGUUGAAGAGUUUACUCAAACUCAAUGAAAUAAUAUGCACAGUUGAAUUAUUUUCCCUCCAGCUAACUUCAUUUAUAUAGCUUCUUUAAAAAAACUAAGAAUUUAAAAUAAAGGCUCAUUCUCUGCAGAACUUGAUGACAUACUGAGGAGUUAAUUACACAUCUAAAACAGGCCUUGACUCCUGUUUUAGGGCCUUGAGUCCUUGUGGACUGGAGUUGGACUGACCUGCUACAGACUAAACAACAAUGAGCCACUGAACCACUUCCAUUAUCUGGAGCACAUGCCUCAGAGGAAGCCAGAAGCUAUUUAAAGAGGCACCAUGAGGCUGCUAGCUAGCUAACUACAUGAAACAUUUUGUUGUUCACUACCAGAAAGAUUUUAGUGACACUUUUUACAGCAGUUUUAAGAGUUUAGCUAUACAGUUAGGCUUGAAAAGAGUUUGAUAGUGUUGUAUACAGGUAAGAUAAGGUGAGUAGUUAUUUUCUGUAACCAUUUCAUGACACAUUAUUAUUAAUAUACAUCCUCCUAGUUUAAAUAUGUUCUCUUGUUUUGCUCAUUUUGAAGUGACCAAGAAAAUGGGCCUCUGUCACAUAUGUAUAUCCCAGGAGAACAGGAAGUCAUGGAUUAGUUGCUAAAAAUUUGCUAAAAAACAAAAGGUUACAUUAAUAUAAUUUGAGUUGUAGUGGCGCCACCAAGGAAUGGUUUUUUUUGGGUUUUUUUUUUGUAAAAUUAUUGUAUUUUCCUCCACUAAAUAAAUGAACUGCGAUCUGAAGUUGUGUUUUCUUAGUCAUAUAGUAGAUUAUUAUGUAAUGCAGUUAAAGGUGAAUUUAGUUUAAAUAUUUUUGCCAGAGGGGACUUUAGGUCUACAGCUGUAAUAUGCCAGAAAUACCAAAUGGACAGUAGAAGCACACAAAAUAAAACAAUUUUAAUUAAAAACUAUUAGUUUCCUUUAGGAGUGAAACAUUUUUCCUAGAAAAAUAGAAAGCAUUGCCACAUCUGAGCUGGCCGGUGAAGCCUUUCUUCAAUCUGCAGCAGUUGAAAAUGGAUAAACAUUUCCCACAGCUGCAGCGGUGUGAAAACCCAACAGCUGUGAAGAGUAUUUACACCAGAAUCAACUACUCCCAGGUGGGAAGGAGUCAAGAUUAUUCUCCUACUUGAAAAGGGUUUCUGUGAGUUGUGCAAUGUUGUUUUCUGAAUCUGUGACAUGGGCGUCUUGUAAUCGCUCUCUGGAAUCUUAGAAAUGUAACUUACAAGUUAGAGGUGAGGAACUUUAAACCAGGCUCAUAUGAUUCCGUUUUUUAUAAAACAUAACCUUUUGCAUGCUGGCCAUGUUUUUAUUAGUUACAUUAAUAAAGAACAGAUUGUAAAAUCA